AUGCUGGAGUCGACCUGCCGGGCCUACUACGACCUGCAAGGAGUCCAGCUCCGUCCCGCCCCGGAUAUUGUCAUGACGACCCACGAGGCUCGCGUGGAGGAGAGCGCACCGGAACGGUCUGGGAAUAUGAUGGAGCGGGCGGCACAGAGAAGAGCAGAAGUGGUAGAGGGGCAGAGAGACGUUCAUGCUGCAAACCGGGAUGCAAAUCCAAGAGUGGGGGAAAUAUCAUAUUCCCGGCGACCUACACCGGGGGGUGCUCUGCUGAGUGGCCCGAUAUCAUGGACAGCCCGUGCGGACGAGCGUGUUAGCUCUGGGGCUAGGCAGCUCAGGUUUGCAGAUCGGCUUAGGAGGCCGUCGGAACGCGUAGCACAGACGGAGACGGACUUGGCAAGUGUAGCAGAUGAAGGCGAGGAGGGUGUAGAAGAUCCACAACAACCAAGUCAGGUCGAACAAGCAGAGGAGAAGUGGAGGAAGGCGGCUGAUGAUAAGCGGACGGCAGAAGCAGAAGCCAAGAGAAGACGGGCUGAAGAGAGGCAACGGUGCCGUGAUGGCGCCACCGACCCUACCGUGUAUUUCAGGGGAACAGAAGUCAUACGUCAAGCAUGGGAGCGUGGGGCACGAGCCGCUGCAAGGGCACACGUGGGAGUGGCAGGAGGAGAGGAGCUCGCCAGCAAUGUGCGGCAGCAUACCGGGGAGGAUACGGGUUACGUGAAUGUUCGCUUGCCCAGAGUAAAGCGGAAAGCGGCUGAAGAGGCCCGGAGAGAGGACGUCGACGACCCAGAGGAUUCGGGAGAGGCGCAUAUGAAGGCGCAGAGCAACGUUGGUGGAAAGACUCAUAAGAGUAAGGAGGUAGAGGCGCACAAGAAAGCAGAGGAUGCGGCCCAUCGGUUCGCGGAGGCAGAGGCGCAACAUACGGCGGAGGAAGAGCCGCCGAAGGAAGCAGAGGCGGCGGCGCAGCAGAAGGUGGGUGCAGAGGCGGUCAAGACUGCGAAGGCAAAGGAAUCAGAGGCAGCGGCGCAGCAUGAAGAUGAGGCAGCAGCGCCGAAAAUGGCUGAAUCAGAGGCGCAGAAGGAAUCAGAGGCAGCGGCGCAGCAGAAGGAUGUGGCAGCGGCGCCGAAAAUGGCUGAGGCAGAGGCGAAUAAGGAAUCAGAGGCAACAGCGCAGCAUGAGGAUGAGGCAGCAGCGCCGAAAAUGGCUAAAUCAGAGGCGCAGAAGGAAUCAGAGGCAGCGGCGCAGCAGAAGGAUAAGGCAGCAGCGCCGAAAACGGCUGAGGCAGAGGCGCAGAAGGAAUCAGAGGCAACGACGCAGCAGAAGGAUGAGGCAGCAGCGCCGAAAAUGGCUGAGGCAGAGGCGCAGAAGGAAUCAGAGGCAGCGGCGCAGCAUGAGGAUGAGGCAGCAGCACCGAAAAUGGCUGAAUCAGAGGCGCAGAAGGAAUCAGAGGCAGCGGCGCAGCAGAAGGAUGUGGCAGCAGCGCCGAAAAUGGCUGAGGCAGAGGCGCAUAAGGUUUCAGAGGCGGCGCAGCAUGAGGAUGAGGCAGCAGUGCCGAAAAUGGCUAAAUCAGAGGCGCAGAAGGAAUCAGAGGCAGCAGCGCAGCAGAAGGAUGAGGCAGCAGCGCCGAAAACGGCUGAGGCAGAGGCGCAGAAGGAAUCAGAGGCAGCGGCGCAGCAGAAGGAUGAGGCAACAGCACCGAAAAUGGCAGAGGCAGAGGCGCAGAAGGAAUCAGAGGCAGCGGCGCAGCAUGAGGAUGAGGCAGCAGCGCCGAAAACGGCUGAGGCAGAGGCGCAGAAGGAAUCAGAAGCAGCGGCGCAGCAGAAGAAUGUGGCAGCGGCGCCGAGGACAGUAUCGGAGGCAGAGGCGCUGAAAAAGGCGGCAGCGGAGGCGGAGAAUCUCAUUGAGGCAGACGCGCGAGAGAAGGCGGAGGCGGAGGCGCAAAACAGGGCGGGGGCAACUGCACCCAAGGAGGUUGAUGCAGCUGCGCAGAAGAGGGCAGGUGGUAACACACAUAAGAAGGCGGAUGAUGAGGUGCGGAAUAAGGCAGAAGCAGCGGCGCGGCAGAAGGCGGAGGCAGAGGAGCAGAAACAGGCUGCGGAAAAGGCGCAAAAACUGGCUCGGGCAGAAGCGCGGAAGAAGGCUGAUGUAGAGGCGUGGCAGAAGGCGGAGGGUGAUGCGCAGAAGAUGGCAGAGGUCGAGGAGCAGAAGCAGGCUGAGGCAGACGCACAUAAGAAGCCAGAUGGAGAGGAGCGGGAAACGGCGGACUCAGAUCAGCAUGAGAAGGCAGAGGGACAAGCGCAGAAGGGUUCAUAUGGGCAUAAAAUGGUACAAGCAGAGGGACAGGAUACGGCGGGUGCUGAGGAGCACAUCAUCGCAGAGGCAGAGGGGCAGCAUAACGAGGAGGCAGUGUCGCAGGCAUUCGCAUACCGAGAGACGCAGAGCAUGGCAGAGACAGAGCGUCAAAAUACUAUGGAGGAGGCUCGUGUGGUCCCGAAGGCUGGAGUGAGGCACAGCGAGGGAGAUGCGCUGGAAACAGAAGAGGAGCAGGCUGAGGAGGAUACGACAUUCUGUAACUUGGCGGCCCGCAACAGCAGCAUCAGUCGUGACGUGGCCGAUCUGACAGUCCAUUACUGCCGUGACGCCCUGGCCAACCUGGAAGAGGUCCGCCAUGGAAACGAGGAAUGGCGGCGCCAAGCAGAAACGGCGGCCAGGUUUCGCGAGCAGAUGGACACGAGACUCUCCAACUUGCGGGAAAGUAUACAAAGGGUGAGUGAUCAGGUUCGCAAGUCGGAAGGGGGGAUGGCGGAGGGCACAUUAAAGGGGGUGGAAGAGAGAUUGAGAGAGGUUCUGAGAGAAGACUCUGAGCGGCGGAAGAGGGAUAGACUGCAAGACGAGGAGCGGAGGCAGAAGGCCACAAGGAAGGAAGCAGACGCUGCAGAGAGACGGAAGAAGGAACAACAACAGGAGGAAGAGCGUCGGCAGAAGGAGAUGAGAGAGGGAAUGAAGGAGAUGAAGGAGGCGAUGAAGAAGGAGAUGAAGGCAGAAAUGAAGGAGAUUACGGAUGGGAUGGUAAACCAGAUGGUGGAGAGGUUGUGCGAAGUUCUGCGAGAAGAAUCAGAGCGGCAGGAGAAGGCGAGGCAGGAGGACGCGGAGCGGCGGGAACAGCAGGACGAGAAGAGGAAACAGGCAGACGACGUGGAGAGACAGAGGCAGAAGAAACAGCUGGACGAGGAAGGCCGGAAGGAGGAGGAGGAGAAGAGGAAGGAAGCAGAGGCCACAGAGCGGCGGAGGAAGAAGAAACGGCUGGGCGAAGAGCGGCGGCAGAAGGAGAUGGAGGCGGAAAUGAAGGAGAUGAUGGAGGUUCGGCGGAAGGCGGAGAAACAUCAGGUGGAGGAGCAGCGGCAAAAGGAGGAGCAGAUUAGGAAGGCAGCGGAAGGAGAGCGUCGACAGAAAGAGGAGGCGCAGAGGAAGGAGGCAGCGGAUGCCGAGCGGCUGGAGAGGGAGAAACAGCAGGAGAUGAAGCGCCGGCAGAAGGAGGAGGCGCAGAGGAAGGAGGCAGAGGAGGCCGAGCGGCAGGAGAGGGAGAAACAGCAGGAGAUGGAGCGCCUGCAGAAGGAGGAGGCGCAGAGGAAGGAGGCAGAGGAGGCCGAGCGGCAGCAGAGAGAGAAACAGCAGGAGAUGGAGCGCCUGCAGAAGGAGGAGGCGCAGAGGAAGGAGGCAGAGGAGGCUGUGCGGCAGCAGAGGGAGAAACUGCAGGAGAUGGAGCAGCUGCAGAAAGAGAAGGCACUGAGGAAGGAGGCAGAGGAGGCCGAGCGGCAGGCGAGGGAGAAACUGCAUGAGAUGGAGCGCCUACAGAAGGAGGAGGCGCAGAGGAAGGAGGCAGAGGAGGCCGAGCGGCAGCAGAGGGAGAAACAGCAAGAGAUGGAGCGCCUGCAGAAGGCGGAGGCGCAGAGGAAGGAGGCAGAAGAGGCUGAGCGGAAAAGCGGGUUCUCUCAACGGGGCGAGGGAGCAUUGCAGAAGUGGACGUCGGAGCAGACCGUCGGCGGCCGGAAGCGGAACCUCAGCUCUCACAAAACGGUGUGGGAGAGGGCUUACACGGUCGCAGUCUGCUGGAAGUUCUUCUUCCCGAACAUUGACAUGCAGGCAUACGGAAUAAAUCCAAACUGUAUAAACAAGUGGCGGGAAGAUCUCGACUUCACCACAUGGCUUCCAACAGGGGUGUGGAGCGUCCUCAACGAGCUCCACCUCCACAAACCGGACGGAUACUCACUCGUUCAAACCAACACGGCUCAUCGGCAGCAGCAGGGGGAUGGCUUUCAGGUAGCUGCCUGCGCUGGUGUUGGAAUAACUGCGUGGCAGAAGAUCGUGGGAGGCGUGGAGGGUGAAAACGGCUAUUCGACAGAAGAACACGCAGUCAGACUCGCCGCCACGUUAUCUAUACUGUGGGAUGCCUCCACGAAUGUGGACCGAACCCAGUGGCAGACGGGCGCAACAUCUGUUGCGAGAGGAACUUCUACGGCAAUGGCAACUUCUGCUGCCAACUCGGUCCCUGCUGCCACGGCCUCGUCUGCUGCCGCGUCAUCUUCUGCAGCAGCCGUGUCAACUGCCGUCCUCGAUGCCCUUGCGACGCUUGCAGCCUCGGUUGCUUGCGUUGCAGUUGAGGCGAUGAGGUCGGUCGAGGAUCAAGGGCAUGACAAGGAAGCGUGGAUUGUGCCCCUGUCGAAUGCGCUGCUGAAAGCGCUUCCGGCAGAGUCGCAAGCGGGCGGGGAUACGAAGCGGAUGACGAGGGUGGUGGCAAAGGUGGUGACCUCUUGGUGCCUAUGCAGCAUGGCAUCAAGAGGGCUUCGCCAGCACCAGGGCGUCAGCCUCGGAGUCCUGCAGAAGAAAUUGGGCAGCCGGGACACUACAACCGGAUCGGAUAAGGAGAAGAAGACCAAGAAGUCGUCCGCGAAGGGGAACGCGACAAAGGAGGCAUCGACGGAGGAGAACACCAGCCUCGGCGGGCAGGAGUGA